GCGGAACAGCGGCUUUUCUUCGAACUACAUAAACCGUGUACAUAGCCGAAUGAAUAAUAAAUAGAUUCUAACCUCGACAUUUCGGCAAAGUGUUCUAAAUAGUAUUAAUUUUAAAUGGCAUCAAAAUUAUUGAAGACCCUAGGAGCAUACAGGCGCCACACUGCAUUUGACAAAGGUAUUGCCACCAGGUUGCCAGAGGCCUACAGGAAAUUCUACAAAGAAUGGAAAUUAGAUGAGCCUGCAGCAGUGCAUUUUAUACCUGAAGAAGGCAAAUGGAAGCGGGAUGAAGUCACUAAUGAAGUAUAUCCAAUCCAAAAUAUCCCUCUGCCACUGAGAUUCCCAGAUGAGUAUGAUAAUCAACUUUGGGGUGGUGAGGCUGUUGUGCAGGGUUUUCAACACCGCUCAAGAAACUCACGCCGAGUGCCGCAUUUUUGGGUGCCACAAUUGCACAGAUCAGUGGUAUACAGUGAGGUUCUCAACAAGCACAUGUCAGUUAUAAUGACUGACAGAGCUCUUCAAUUGAUCAAUGCAAAUUAUGGAUUUGAUCAUUAUUUACUAAAGACUCCAGCUUGUGAUUUAAAGGCAUUACUGCCACUAAAACUAAAGAGGAAGAUUUUACAAGAGUUGCAGAAUGGGUGCCCUGCUUAUAAUGAUGAUAAACAAAAGCAGAAUGAUGUUCUUGAUAGAUAUAAACAAUAUUUAUCAGCUUACACACCUGAGGAAAUAGAUUGGUACGGUUACUCCUUGAGGGACGCCUGCACAAGACUUCAAGUACAACUCGACGCUGAAAACCAACCAGUUGCCUUGAAACAAGUUUAUCGAGCAAAACUCAUUGAGGAACUAAAACAAGCUCAACUUUCCGCCAAAGACGCAGAAGUGAUGGCCAGCGAAACAGCAUCAUCUAAUACCUGGAUGGAAAAAAUGAAUCCUUUCAGUAAAAAACGUGAAACAUAGUCGUUCUAUUAAUUUUGAGUGUUAGAAUAAAAAUUACUGACAAUUA